GUUGGGCGGAAACAACGCAAAAAGAUCAGGACCGCGUUCAGUUGCCAAACGUCUUGAAACCUUGCAGAUAGAAAUGCAUGAAUAGAGGCGACGUGAUUCCUUAUUCUACAUGUCAGGGUGGCAAGUUUUUUUCUACUUAACAUAUUUAUUUCCGAUUGUUCCAAAACGUCCCUGGGCAAAUGAAGGACGCGGCGGCGGGCAUGCGCGUUCCUUCAGCGCUUGGAAAGUUUUCCUGCAAGUUGAGCGGAGCAGAGGAGAACACUUGAAGCUGCGGAGCAGCAUAAUGCGUUGGCUUGAGUGAGGAGGCAAGCAACAGAGAACGAAAUAAAACAAUGUGUUUUUCAUUGAAGUUUACAACAAUAAAUAAGGAUUUGUAAAAUAAGUGUUGGCAAUAACUUUGGAAAGUUGGAUAUCGCAUCAUAACGCACUAUUGGAGAGACUGGGACUUGCACCACUGUGAGAAGAGAAUAGAGAGAGGACACACCUUGGUUGAGUAGAGACAUUAAAGCUACAGCCUAACUAGCCCCCAUACCUUACAUCUCAAUAUCCAUCUAUCUAUGUUGAACUCUGGCUAUCUGCAAUGCUAGACCACAACCAGUCCUAAACCCUAGUUGAGCCCUAUCCUAACUCCCAACUAGCCUCUAUGCUCUUCAACCAGUCCCAGUCCUAAACCCUAGUUGAGCCCUAUCCUAACUCCCAACUAGCCUCUAUGAUCUUCAACCAGUCCCAGUCCUAAACCCAAGUUGAGCCCUAUCCUAACUCCCAACUAGCCUCUAUGCUCUUCAACCAGUCCCAGUCCUAAACCCUAGUUGAGCCCUAUCCUAACUCCCAACUAGCCUCUAUGAUCUUCAACCAGUCCCAGUCCUAAACCCAAGUUGAGCCCUAUCCUAACUCCCAACUAGCCUCUAUGCUCUUCAACCAGUCCCAGUCCUAAACCCAAGUUGAGCCCUAUCCUAACUCCCAACUAGCCUCUAUGCUCUUCAACCAGUCCCAGUCCUAAACCCAAGUUGAGCCCUAUCCUAACUCCCAACUAGCCUCUAUGCUCUUCAACCAGUCCCAGUCCUAAACCCUAGUUGAGCCCUAUCCUAACUCCCACCUAGCCUCUAUGCUCUUCAACCAGUCCCAGUCCUAAACCCAAGUUGAGCCCUAUCCUAACUCCCAACUAGCCUCUAUGCUCUUCAACCAGUCCCAGUCCUAAACCCAAGUUGAGCCCUAUCCUAACUCCCAACUAGCCUCUAUGCUCUUCAACCAGUCCCAGUCCUAAACCCAAGUUGAGCCCUAUCCUAACUCCCAACUAGCCUCAAUGCUCUUCAACCAGUCCCAGUCCUAAACCCUAGUUGAGCCCUAUCCUAACUCCCACCUAGCCUCUAUGCUUAUCAACCUAACCGUGUCCGUCAAGGAGUCCCGUGCCUUUCAUGGACCGCCACCCGCCAGCCCUCGCGGUGUUGCACCCCUCGUCUUGGAAGUGACAGCGAUGGACACCCUUCCUGGCCUUACCUCUGCUCCCCUAACCCAAACCCCUCCUCCACCACCUCCUCCCCCCCCUCCUCCGCCCCCACCUCCCUCCACCUCCUGCUCCUCUCCUCUGACCCGUAUGGACUCGGCCCAUCGCAGCCGGCUGAGGAAGCUGAACUGGGAGCAGAUCCCUAAGGAGAAGGUGGAGGGGAGGAAGAGUGUCUGGAGCGGAGCGGCUACGGAGGAAGAAGAUUUCCCUAUAGACCUCCAUUCUCUGGAUGAGCUGUUUGGACAGAAGGACAGUAAACCUCAGGACAGAGCAGGAAGUUUGAGACGCAGGUCUGUGCUGAUGCGAUGCAGUUCACCCAAGGACACCACCACAGAUAAGGUCUCACUACUGGACUCCAAACGCAGUAUGAAUGUUGGGAUAUUUCUACGGCAGUUUAAGACGGCUGUCCAGGACAUAGUUGAGGAUAUCCGGCAGGGGGUUGGGACCCGCUACGGGGCCGAGAAAUUGUCUGAGCUCUGCAAACUUCUGCCUGACGCAGACGAGGAGGCUCGUCUGAAGAGGUUCAAGGCAGAACGCAGUGGGCUUGGGGAACCUGACCUCUUCAUGAUUCUGCUAGUGGAAGUCCCAAGCUUUCGUCUGCGUCUGGAUGCCAUGAUCCUACAAGAGGAGUUUGACCCUGCCGUGACCUCUCUCUGUUUGGCGGCCAGAUGUCUGAGGGAGGCGGCCAGAGAGCUGUUGAGCUGUCCUGAGCUGCACUCCAUCCUCCGUCUGGUUCUGAAGGCAGGAAACUACAUGAACGCUGGUGGGUACGCAGGCAAUGCAGCAGGGUUCCGAAUCCCAUCCCUGCUCAAGCUGGCCGACACUAAAGCCAACAAGCCAGGCAUGAACCUCCUGCACUUCGUGGCCAUGGAAGCGGUGAAAAAGGACCAGAGUUUACUGUCGUUUCCCGGCCAACUAGGACACGUCGGCCCCGCCUCCAGGUUGUGUGAGGAGUCGGUAGUAGAGGAUCUCUCCAGGCUCCACAUGCAUGUGGCAUCCCUGAGGAUCAGUGUCCAGACGGAGGCAGAGAUCCAGCAGCUCACACAGCCUUUCCUGGAGGUGGCAGAGGAGCGUCUGAAGGAAGCAGAGGAUGAGGUGGAGGGGAUGAGGAUGUCCAGUCAGGCUCUGGUCCAGUUCUUCUGUGAGGAUGACAGCACUUUUAAACUGGAGGAGGCCUGCAGGGUCUUCCACUCAUUCUGCCUUCGCUUCCAAAGAGCCGUACAGGAAAAUGCUGAGCGGGAACAGAAGGAGCAGAAACGGAUGGAGCGUGAGAUAGUGGAGAAGCGUCGCUCCGUGGCCGUGUGUACAGGGCUGGACCUGGACCUGGCUGUGGUUACGGGUCGGGUGUCACCACCGGGAACCCAGGAGAACCAGAAUGACCUAGAGAAAACCCUUGAGAACCUGAGCCACACCUGGAGCCGGCGCAGCCUUAGAACCCAGGAGAACCGCAGGCACUCCCACCACCUCCAGAACUACACCUCCGCUCCUAUUCAGACAUCUCCAGGGCUGCCCUGCCCCACCUACCCCAACCAGGAGAGACCGUCCCUGGGGACCGAGACCAGGACAGAGCCCCUGGUCCAUCAGCAUCAACCAGUCCUGGAGACUAAGGGACCAAAUCAUGAGGGGACAACUCAGACUCAAGUCUCACAACCGCAACAUGAACUGACUUCUAACAUCACUCAAACCCAGUGUGGACGUAGAUUCAAUGUCACCCAAACCCAACAUGGAAUAUUUCCUAACGUCAUUGAAAGCCGACUUGCACCAACGGCUCGAGUGACUCAAACCCACGAUGAACGGACAGUUGAUGCCAGCCCUGACCAGCGUGUACUGACCACUAAGUCUAUGGCCAGUCCUUAUAGACACUCCUCCACUACCACUACUGCCAUCCCCAGUGUGAGAAGAAAUACCAUUGGUCUUAGACACAGGUAUGGCCUAGAGGGGACUGACCCUACCCCUGUUUCUCAGGCGAAACACACAGACACCUCAGUCAGAGACGCAGCGCAUCAGGACCCUGACCUCGCUCAGCUAACAGGGUCAACGGUCACUCAGGUGACUCAGCAGCCCUUCGAGAGCCAAUCAGAAACAUCCAUGGCCACUGACACCCCAGACGGUGUCCAAUCACAAUCCCAGGAGGCUAAGGGAGCCAAUGAGACCACACCAGGACAUGGUGGUGCCUUGGAGCUGAGGCUUUCACCUAAGGGCGGACCAACCCAGCAGAGGGAAAACGAAUCUUCCUCUACACCAGUGGAACAGAGCUGGCUGCCUCCCAGCCUAACAGAGCUGAGCCCACAGCGGGCACAGGAAUGCCCAGAGGUCUCCAGCCCUGACAGGGAGAGGGACAGGUCGUACCCACGUGUGGGCGAAACCCUUGAGUGCCACACCCUGGUCCGAGGUCUGCGUUCCUACGACAACCUAUCCCCUCCUCCCACCCCCACCACAACACUCUCCAGAGCCCCACCCAGCCUCUGCUCCAAGUGGAGGAAAGCGAAGCAGGCGGAGACUCCAGGGGCUGGUUCUGGGUCUCCAAUGGGGAAAGAGGACUCUCGGGGCGGGGGGAUGUCUCCUGUUGUCCUAGGAGGGGCUAAGCGGGGCUUGGUACCCCGUGCAGGUCUACCGAACAAUACUGCUAUCCAUAGGGUGCAUUUUCUUUCCAAACCAGAGACACAAACACCCACCGGCCCCGUUCCAAAUCCUAAUUUACAGACUACACCACGUUCCACUCAUCUGGCGUCCCCGUCCAUACGCAGCGCCUCCAUACGCUCCUCACCCAUCACACGUCCUACUACUACCCAGACAGAGGUGAAGCGGCGCGGUAGCACCAGGAGUGAGAGGAGCCAAGCUGGGGUUGAGAACCAGCAGCAGGCCCCAGUGAAACCCACCUUGACCCGCCGGGCAUCAGAGAGAGCUGGGCUGGGGCUUGGACCAGAGAGGGAGAGGACUUCUAGCACCAGCACCACUAGUAGUACAGCUACCACCCAGCCAGCCUUUGUCAGAGGCUCUCCUCUCAGGGUGACCAAACGUCUCGCCCCCACCUCCAACUCUGAGACCCAACACUCCUCUCAGCCCCGCUCCACACACAGCCCCUCCUCUGCUACAGCUAAAACCAUCCGUACAGCUGUUAUAGCUGCGUCCAGGACUAAAACAACCAAGACGAGCCCCGGCACAGAGCCCUCUAGAGCUGCUGUCUCUGCCUGCAAAACCCCCACAGCAACACGGAUACCUGGACCUAAAAUGUCCCGUCCUGCCUCCUCGCCCAUGUGGAAGUGAUCGUGGGAGAUCAUACCACUUUUUCAGUCUUCUGUCCACAUGCCUCGGUGUGUUUAUGUUUGUCUCCACUGUACAUGUAUGCGGGUAUCAAUAAAUGACUUGGUGAAUUGUAUCGGACCUCUCUGUUCUGGAGGGGUAGGCAGUUACCGGUCCAUGCAGACUCUCUAUUCAGCUUGUCCAGAAUCGAUGGGGUGUUUUCACUUGGGUCUGUCUUAUUGUAAAGUGCAAUUAAGGACGUACGAAGUACCUGCCAUUCUCGCUCUUGUCUGGCAAGAAGAUGACAAAGAACUGCAACUCGAACAAAAUGGCUGCCGCUACUCUACAUUUACUAUGUUUUGCAUAUGGACAGUAGCUGUACUGUCACUGUAGAUAGAAAUGUGUUCUGUUCUACACACUACCUCCAUCCACUAGUGUCCUGUCCAUGCAACAGGGCACUUCAAUGAGAUACUCUAACCACCUCACACCCAACCUGGACUGUGUCAAGCUACUGAAAUGGGUGCCUCAUUUGUAGUUCAAGAAAAUCGUAUGUUUAGAAUAAUUUGCCACUGCGGCCUCCUCUGUGUCUUGGUCUUCCAACAGAUCACUCUCAUGGACCAGUCGUUUUAGGUUGUAUGUUGAAAAUGGCGUGUUCGUCUUCAAAGGUUAUUUUAUUUAACUUCAUCUGCAUCCCAAAUUGCACCCUAUUCCCCAUAUAGUGCACAACCUUUGACCAGGAUCCCCAUACAGCUCCUGUCAAAAGUAGUGCACUAUGUAGGGAAUCAUUUCUGAGUCCUCAGUGUUUCGAGUGUGCAUUCUUAGAACUGUAUUUCUACACCUGUUGUGCUGUUUGAUUAGAUGCAUGGUCCAAACCCAGAGUGAAUAGAUUGAAUUUCUCUUUUGUUGUUUUCUCACCUUGGGCUAUCUGUUUGCCCAAUCAGCAAGCAAUUUGUAUGAUAUCGAAUUGAUUAUUGGUAAUUGAUCAUCCUCAUCUCUUCAUUCUGACGCACUUUAACAAGUGAAGAGGAGACAUGUUGCUAGGAUACUCACUGUAAUAUUCUGCUGCUGUUUAUAUAAAAAAGAUCUUAAAAUGAAUGGCAUGAAUUGUUAUCCAUGGCAACAAUGUGUGUAUUUGUAAAUAACAUAUAAAAUAAAUUUGCUAAUCAGA